AUAUGUCUCUGAAAUCCUGGUGCAGCACUGAUAGUGUCGACCAUCUUAACUAAUCUGUAAUAUAAAUAUAAAAAUCUUUCACACUGCUAAGUCACCAUGAAUUGAGUCAAAAUACAAAAUAAACAGUGGGAGAAAAAGAUUCAUAAUGUACAUCAUAUAUAAGGGACUACUAUUCCAAUAUUUUGAAAAAUGAAUAAAACUCAGAAUGAAGCUAUGAGACAUGCACACCUUGGAACAAUAGGCAGCUAUGAACUACAAUGAGCAAGACAAUAUAACUGAAAUGACUGUGUUCACAUACUGAAAGUAUAAAGAAGUAAAGUGUAAGAAUACAUAUCAUAUGCUCUUUUAUUUUUCAGGAAAAAGAAAAAAGGAGAAUCAAAAUAAUUUAUUUCUACCAGCAUUCCUUUGCAAACUGAGGCAAAAGAGACUAAACCAGAGGAUAAUGUGAUGGAUUGUGUACAGGUUAUUGGAAUAGCGCAGAGAAUGAUUGGUAAAGUGGAAGCCAUUAUCUACUGAUGGACCGGGCGUCUCAGAUCCUUCAAGAUCAUGGUCAUAAUGUCACCAUGCUUCGUCUUGCAAAUCACUUUAUCCCAGAUUUCAAAAAGAGAAAAGUAUCAUACAAAGAAAUCAGCUGGACUGCAACUGAACAUUUUGAAAAAGAAUUUGGAAAAUUUGUUGCUUUCAUGUUGACAGAAGGUUUUCAUGGAAGAGACACAUUUAAAAACCAUAUACGUUUAAUGGAACUAUAUGGCGUUCGAUGUAACCAUCUGCUAAGGAGAAGAAAUAUCAUAAAUUACUUAAAGAAUGAGAACUUUGAUUUAAUAUUUGUUGAUGGAUUUGACUUCUGUUCUUUCCUGGUUGCUGAGAAGCUUGGAAAACCAUUUGUGGCCUUGAAUGCAUGUUCCUUUGGCACUUUAGACAUUGGCCUACCAAGUCCCAUAUCUUAUGUGCCAGUAUACAAUUCCUUGUUAACUGACCACAUGGACUUCUGGGGCCGUGUAAAGAAUUUUCUGAUGUUCUUGAACUCGUACAUGUUUCAACGGAAAUUCUACUCUACUUUUGACGACACUAUCAAGAGGAAUUUUCCAGAAGGCUCUAGACCAGUUUUGUCUCAUCUUCUAAAGAAAGCAGAGCUGUGGUUUAUAAACUCUGACUUUGCCCUUGAAUUUGCUCGGCCCCUACUCCCCAACACUGUGUAUGUUGGAGGCUUAAUGGCCGGGCCUACAAAACCAGUACCUCGGGAAUUUGAGAAUUUCAUCACCAAGUAUAAUGACUCUGGCUUUAUCCUUGUGGCCUUCGGUUCUGUAGUGGACAACUAUCUAUCUCAAGAGUUUCUCAUGGAGAUGAACACAGCCUUGGCCGGUCUCCAUCAAGGGGUGAUAUGGAAGUGUAAGAACUGUGACUGGCCCAAAGAUAUCAAGUUGGCAGCAAAUGUGAAAAUUGUAGACUGGCUUCCUCAGAAUGACCUCCUGGCUCACCCUUCCAUUUGCCUUUUCGUCACCCACGGUGGAAUGAAUAGCGUGAUGGAGGCCAUCGAGCACGGUGUACCCAUUGUGGGGGUUCCUGGCGGUGUGGACCAACCCCACAACCUGGUGCGGGUACAGGCCAAGAAGUUUGGUCUCUAUAUUCCUGUCGAGCAGAUGAAGGCAGAGACCUUGGCUCUGAAGAUCAAGCAAGUCAUAGGCGACCCCAGGUACAAAUCUGCAGCGGCGGCUGCCAGUGUCAUCAGGCGCUCCCACCCCUUGACCCCUGCUCAGAGGCUGGUGGCCUGGACCAACCACAUCCUCCAGACAGGGGGUGCGGCACACCUCAAGCCGCAUGCCUUCCAGCAGCCGUGGCAUGAGCACUACAUGUUGGACGUGUUGGUGUUCCUGCUGGCGGUCACUCUGGGCGCCAUGUGGGUCUGUGUGAAGCUGGUGGGCCUGGUGGUCAGGUGUUUGGGGGUCAGGAAACUGAAGAGGAUCUGAUGCCCCCCUGCAGCCUUGGAGGGGGAAAUAUGAGGGCACUGCUGUUUUGAAGGCUUUGCCAGUGAGACACCCCCCCCACCACACACGUGUUGUGCUCCGUGUAACAUGGCACACAAAUUUCUCUUCACUAUUUAGUCCCUCUGUUUAAAAAUCCUUGUGUGGCAACUUGGGAUUCUUUUUGGUAAGUUGUUUUAAAAUAUGUAUCAUGUAAAAUUGUCCAUUUUGACCAUUAAGGAUACAGUUCAGUGGUGGAAGUACAUUCACAUUAUUUUUCAAUCACUACGUGUCUCCUCUUCCCAAACUUAACUACACGCAUUAGCUAUAACUCCCCGUGUCUCCACCUUCCCACUGCUCAAGCCUUGGCAGCCAGGGUUCACUUUGUGUGUCCAUGGAGUUGACGUCGGGCUUCUGGCGGACCCCUCUGCUCAGACACAGACCUCCAUCAUCCAGCCCCAACCUUCUCCUCAUCCCUGUCCUAGCCCAGUGCUCUGACUCUUCUUCCUGCUGACAGGACACUUCUCUCCCCUUUGCUCCUUCUUUCACUUUGGCAGUUCGGCCAUUUUUGUUCUUCCUCUUACACAUCCUUCUCAGCUCUCCACAGUCAGGAAGCCUGGCCUUCUGUCCUGCAGCUCUCCAGGGAUACCCUUCCAGGGCUUCACCUUUGGUCUGGUCCCUGACCCUGUCCCCUCCUGCGGAGAACAUUCCUCUUCUGCUGGUCGUGUGGGGAGCUGUAGGUGGUUUGGUUCAAACCUGAAGCUAUUAGCUUCCUAUUUUUCACAUUUCCUCCUCAAGAUUCCCACUUUUCUAAAUGGGGUCAAGGAGACUCUCUGUGGAACUGGAAACCUAACUCUAAGUCUGUGGGACCUGAGGGGGUGGGGAUUUUGAC